GUUUGCUACGCAUUUGAAAUCAUACUUUACUCAUUCUGGGUUCUGAUUUAUGGUUUGCAAAGGCUAGGAUUUGUGCAUUGUUAAUUGAAGUUGCACUAACGUCAUCUCACUUUAAGCUUCUAUUUCCCAGAUCUCUUGUGAAGAGAGAUUUUAACAAUUGUUAGUCGAGUGGACCACCAUUGCCGAGGCUUACGCAUGUUUUCUUAUUUGCAUGAUUAUAACACACCUACAAGUUGUCAGCAAAUUAUUUGAUGACUGAGAGUUACAUGUUUUUAAAGUCAUAGCAAUCGAUCGGCUUUUUUAUCGAUUUACUUUUUAAUCGACAACUGGUCGAAUCUAAUACAUGCUUGACGACUCAGUUGCCGACGUCACUCUUGCUGAUUUCCAGAUAUUAGAGUCACCCUGCGCCAAUGUUCCGUUUGACCGUGGCCCUCAGUUCCAUUUAAAUCUCCAGUGUCGUACAUGUGAAUCAUUUAAAGAAACGUUUGUCUGCUGUGAUUGUGUUAGGAAGGAUUCCAUAUUCUCGAAGAAAUCCGGAAAACUUAGCUUUCCUCAAAAUUCUGAUCGGAUUGUAACAGUCCGUAAAUCUGUUAAUGACUUAAAUAGAAAGAUUAAAGUAUACGAACCCAUACUGUUCAAAUCUGUAUUUCACACUUUUGGUAGAGUUGAAGAGUUGAAUGCUCAGAUUUCUUCUUUGGAACAUACGAUCGAGUUUCUUACUAAAAUGAACGUAGAGAAACGCAAAAAGCUACAACGUGUUCGGCAAGCAAUGACACGAUGUCAUACCGCGUCCCAGCAUCUUCUGAAGCAGCAAGCUAAUUUGGUACGGCAUUUUAUCACAGUUGCACAGAGAAAAAAGUUAUUGGUAGCUGAUCUUGAUAUAGUAAACAGGCAGAUCAAGCACGUACAUGAUACUUAUUUUGAGGAGUUGCUUGGAGUUUAUUUCGUGACCGACCUGUCGACUGAUGGUAUAUCUCCGGAUAGGUUUGUUUGUUCACCUCUACAUAUCGAUAAAGAGAACAUUUUUGCAGGCCCUGAACCCACCCCAUCCAGUCAUACGGCUUUAACAUAUUGCUCAGUAGCAAUAAGGGUUUCAACUAUCUUAUUAGAUGUUUGGUUGCCAGUCUCCAUUCGCCGGAAUUUGCAUUUGGUGGGUUCUUUUUUGUCUGCAUUACCUCAGAGGGAUGAUAUGGGUCGCGUGUAUUUCGCAGUCAUUCAUGCUGUUCACCUGUUAUGCCAAUGUCGAGGGAUUGAUAUAAAACAUGGAUUAGAACAACUUGGGAUAAACGUAAUUCCUGGACGGAACACAUUUUACAAUCCAUUAUUUGGAUUAUAUUGCCUUGGGCAUCUGGUCAGUCACAAUAAUAAGUCUACUAGGUACUUUGACGAAUGUUACAAUAUAAAACUAGAUGGCCUUUUUGGAAAGAUUCCAUCAUUAUCCUUAAUGAGUCAUCCUACAGUUUCAUUUAGUUCACCGUGUUUUGUAGAGAAAGGGGAAGAAGUGGAUGAAAUGUUUGGCUUAUCAAACGAUGAUAGUUUAACUUCAUGUGACAAACAAGUGAAUAAGUUUGCUUUAUGUAGGGCAAGUAGUUCCGACUAUGUUCAGUCAUCCAAUAAACUCGAAGAACACGACUCGUCUGUUGGUUUAGAUUGUUGGGAACUAGUUUCUGUGACCUCACCAGUAGAACCAGAGUCGUGUGAAACUACAGUGACCAAUGCUGGAUUUAUGGUUUCAACGCAAUAUCCUGGUCCACUUUCGACAGUUUGGCGUCUAGCGAAAGGGAUUAUGGGAACUUCAGAACCUAGUGAUUGUGACGAAUAACGUGAAAAAACAGAUCUUGACCAAACUUUGUUCAUUGUUUUUCAAACCACAGUCUUUCAUGAAGCAAACUUGCAAAAUCUUUAGUCUUUCAACAUUUUAAUUUGUAAAAUAAAAUUCAAAAAGAACAACAAAUUUUUCCCCAUUAUUGUAUAUAUGUCAAAAAGUUUUAUUUUGAUUUCUGUUCCUCUUGAAUUAGUCAACUAAGGCGAAGUAUUAGGAGAAAUGAACAGCUUCAUAUACUUGUAAACCUUAGUAUAGAUAUUUGGUUCAUUUGCCCAGUAUAUGUUCAUGUACUCCUGAGUCAUAUUUUGUGGUGAUAACUAGUGAUACUACCCGGCUGCCCAAAUCGGAUUCUUAAUCCACUGGUUGAAGAUACAUGGUACACACAAGUGAGUAAUCAUGGAUUCAUGUAUUCUGUUAGAUCAUCAGGCUUUACUCUAAUAUACAGUAAUAUUUAUAUGCAUAUACGAAAUUAUUAAAUUAAUCAAGGCAGUUGAUGAGUCAGUGAUAGCAGUAGAAUAGAUCACAUAAGUAAAUAGUACAAAUUCAUAGUAUUUGUAUUCAUAAGUGAUAUAACUUGUGACCCGUGCACCGUGCUAAUAUAUAACAACGAUGCCGCCAGUUAGAGAGCAGUGAAUUAUCGGUUGGACCAAUGACGCCUAAAACCCAUACGAGCAGUCUAGAGUAUUAUCGGUCCUGCUUCCUGCCUAGCCCAACCAGUUAAGUCCAGGACACCAAUCUCUGCGGCAUGAAUCAUUUAUUUCAAGUAUACUGGGUUUAUGUACCAAUCAAGCAGACCACAUCGUACCAAUAAGGUAUGAAACAACAUUUGUACAAGAAUUAGCCAAAUGUGGAUGUGAAUGAGGGAGGUAGUAGGUAAUAGACGGCAUAAUUCAAGAAUGGUAAGUCUUAUAAUAAUUCAUAGGCCAAAAUAGAGCUUAUAAUAAGAGGGACAUGAAUAUGAACAGUUUAGUUAUUUAACAAUUAUGAAAAUAUACACAUAGUAUUGGUCCACAAAUGGAUCCCAAAAAGUUACCAUUCAUUAUGCUUAUCGGGACAUAACAAUAAGGACUUUGUAACACCUUUGCCUUAAUAAACGAUCUUGCUAAUUAUUUUUCGCACCUUUUGUUCGUUUAUUUCUCUUCAUUCCAUCCAUAUCAUUUUUUCCAAAUGUACGCUUCAUUGUUCAAUUAUGUGAACACUUAUUACAUAAUCCUAUAAUUUUUAUGAAUGCUAUUUCAGUGUCUAUAUUUCUAAAGUCAUUGAUCUAUUUCCCAUUCAAGCCCUAGUACACCUGUCGUAUCACUAUGAAUUUGUACUCUUUACUUAUAUGAUCUAUUCUACUCUUAUAACUGGCUCGUAAACUGUAUUGAUUAGUUUAAUAAUUUUGUAUAUGCAUAUAAAUAUUACUGUAUAUUAGAGUAAAGCCUCAUGAUCUAACAGAAUACAUGAAUCCAUGAUUACCCACUUGUGUGUACUGUGUAUCUUCAACCGAUGGAUUAAGAGUCCAAUUUGGGCAGUCGGCUAAUAUCAAGCCUAAUGAGGAUCUAAUUGGAAACAAUGUUCGCU